AUGAAGUCACAGUGUAUCCUCAUCUCUUUGCUGGUCAACCUGGUCUACGCAGAGGAGUAUUUGGUAAGAUUCAAGAAUCCUACCGCGUUUCAGCAGUUUACCUCAAAUUCUAACAGGUCAUGGAGACAGUUCAUUGACAACAAAAUUGAGAAGAAAUUCUCCAUCGGUUCCUUCCGAGGUGUGACAAUGAACUUGUCUAAGAACUUGGUCAACAAGCUUAAGAAAAGCCCGCUAGUGGCUGACAUCGUGCCCAAUUUCAGAUUCGAGGCUUUUGAGAACGAUAGCGCGCGUGAUGUGGAGUAUAACUACACAUUCAAUGCUACUGCUAAAUAUUCUUACGAAAACCUCGAUGAGGAGCAAAACAUCACGUAUCAAUCAGAUGCACCACGUCACUUGGCCCGGAUUUCACGGCACUACCAGCUGCCAUUCGAUAUCGAGGACAAGGAGCGGUAUAAGAGCUGGUUCAACUACUACUAUGAGGAUGAUUAUCAAGGUCAGGACGUCAAUGCAUACAUUAUGGACACAGGUAUCUUCGCGGACCAUCCGGAAUUCGAGGACAGAGUCAUCCAAGGAAUUGACCUGACCAAAGAAGGGUUUGGUGACCAGAAUGGGCAUGGGACGCAUGUGGCAGGGCUCGUUGGUUCCAAGACGUACGGGGCGGCCAAGAAGGUGAACCUUGUGGAGGUCAAGGUGUUGGGCAAAGAUGGGUCUGGAGAGGCCAGUAAUGUUCUGAGUGGGCUGGAGUUCAUAGUGGAACAUUGCACGAGGGUCAGUCGCCCACAGGGUAAAAAAUGCGUGGCCAAUCUAAGCUUGGGGAGUUUUAGGAGCCCCAUAAUCAACAUGGCAGUGGAAGGAGCCAUAGAAGAAGGUAUUGUAUUUGUCGCAGCCGCGGGCAAUUUCAACCUAGAUGCAUACUGGGCCUCACCUGCAUCUGCAGAGAACGUCAUUACUGUGGGAGCCUUUGAUGAUCAUAUAGACACCAUUGCCAAGUUCAGCAACUGGGGUCCUUGUGUAAACAUCUUUGCGCCCGGUGUAGAGAUUGAAUCGCUGUCCCAUCUGAACUUCAACGACACUUUAGUUUUGUCAGGCACCUCCAUGUCGACACCUAUUGUCACUGGUGUUGCAGCGGUACUACUAUCCAAAGGAAUCGAACCUGAAAUGAUAGCGCAGGAGCUUGAAUACUUGUCUACACGUAACGUCUUCCACAGAAGAACGUUGUUUUUCAAGCCUUCCACCCCAAAUCAGAUUCUUUACAACGGUGUAGACAAACUGGACGAUCGAUAUGAUGACGAAACAUUCCCUCGAUUGAACAUAGAGGCAAUUGCUAGGGAAUUGGAGGAGUACAACGCCACUUUACAAACUCCGAUGAGUGAUAAUAUUCAGUCCGGUUCAAAAUUAUGGGGUUGGAAUAAUGAUGUCACUUUGCCACUCGGUGAGAUUCGAUUGAAAAGACGUGACUUUGUAAGAGAUUUGUAG